GCAAAAUUUAAAAGUUUUUAUUUAUAGUUGAUCAAUUUAUUUUAAUUCAAAUUAAUUUUCAUAUGAAAAACUGUAAGUAUAACCGACUUUGCAUAUAGAUGAGUCAAAUUACUAUAUGGAAUAAAAAAGAAAACUGUAAAAAUUUUAUUUUAAAACCGGAGAUGACAAUGAGGAAAAAUAUAAAAUUACAUUGUGAUAAAAGUGAGAUUGAAAAUUCAGUUUACAUUCAUCUUUGAAGUGAAUAAAACGAGUGACUUUUAGAGGAUAUUAGCAAACAAAAUUUCUAUAUUUGAAAAUGGAAAUCAAUCAAUUGGAUCAAACAUUUUUUGAGAAAGUUGUGCAGGAUUAUUUAAAAAAUAAAGAAAUUACUUUAAUUGAAAUGUCAAAAAGAUUAGCUUCUGAUAAAGGAGACAAUUUUUUCAGUGAAAUCUACAGAAUAUUUCUAAGAUAUUACAUUAAUUCUCAUGCAAAAGAUUCAAUAGAAAUAGAAGAAAAAAUGACUUUGAUUGCAAAAUACGAAAUAACGAACGUAAAAAAAGAGGCGGUUCAUCAAAUGUUCAUCACGGAAUUGAAAGUUUUUCAACAAGUAUUGCCAAGAGUAGAAAAAUUAAUUGGAUGUAUUUUUGGACCCAAAUUACUUUAUGGCAAUGAAAAUUCAAAUUUUAUCAUUAUGGAGGAUUUGGUGUCUCGAGGAUUCAAAAUGUUAAACAGACAGAAAGGUUUAUCUUUGCCCCAAUGUCUUGUCGCUAUAGAGAAAAUUGCAAAAUUUCAUGCUGGAACUGUCGCCCUUACUGAAAAGAAACCAAACAUUACUAAGUGUUUCGUUGAGGGGAUGAUAAGUGGAAAAUAUUCUGAAAAUUAUUUUCGCUUUCUGGAAGUGUCCUUAUUAAAUUUGUGUGAAGGAGUAGCAGAUUGGAACGACAAUGAAUGUAAUGAAGCGAUAAAUAAAUUGAGAAACAUAAUCGGCACUUUAAAAGAAAGACUUUUGUGCAUGUACGAAUAUGACGAUGAAGAGUUCUGCGUUUUAAAUCACGGAGAUUUUUGGACGAACAAUAUCAUGUUCAAAAAUGACGAAUUGGAAGAUUCUUGUCAAGUUUUACUUAUAGAUUAUCAAUGUUCUGUCUAUACAUCUCCAGCAAUUGAUCUUCAGUACUUCCUGAGCAUUUGUCCGGAAUUAGAAAUAAAAUGUGACAAAGAUGAUUUCUUACUAAACAAGUAUUUAACAGUUGUUGAAAAUGAAUUGACAAAAAUCGGCUGCAAGACCAGAGUCCCGACGUUAGACGAAUUGAAGAAAUCGAUUUUUAAAAGAAGAAUAUUUUCUAUAUUUUCAGGAUUCAUCUAUUUUCCAAGAAUGAUGUGCGAUAAAUCAGAUGUUGAGGAAUUCAACCUAGUUCUGGCUAAAGGAGAAACGAAACUGGAUAUUUUUAAACAGUCAAAUACGCGUAAAGCAAUUCGUAAACUUUUGCUAACCAUGAACAAUCGGGGAUAUUUUGACUAAAGUUUCAAUAAAUAUAUCAAUCAAGAAACACCUUAA